AAAACACAGAGGACACCACCACAAUUGAAGCAAGCAACAAUGCAAAUGGCGACGACUGCGUUUCAACUCUCUCUUUCCUCCUCCUUCCUCCCAUCUCCACUCCCCACAACCACCACCACCACCACCAGAAUGACCGUUACUCAGUCACCCCGCAGGCUGCUUUAUAUCUCCUCCUCCUCCACCAAUUCAUCAUCGUCGACAACCGUCAAUUCUCCCAAGAAAAAGCACUGGAAAGUAGGGGAAUAUCCUGGCCUCACUCAUACCUCCAACCCUAAAUUCUCAACCAAUAAGAAGAGAACCCCCAUUAAGAACAUCAAGAAAAAGCUCGACAGAAAGAGUAAUGCCAACGCUUGGGUUAAUACUGUCACCGAAGCUCUUUCUGAUGCCAUCGAUAAAAAGCAAUGGCUCCGGGCUCUUCAGGUAUUUGAGAUGCUAAAGGUGCAACCUUUUUACCACCCAAAAGAAGGGACGUACAUGAAGCUACUUGUUCUUCUUGGAAGAUCCGGUCAACCUGGACAAGCCUCUCAGCUGUUUGAUGAAAUGCUUCAAACAGGAUUAGAACCAACCCCAGAACUUUACACAGCAUUGCUUGCUGCAUGUUGCAGGAGCAAUCUGAUUGAUAAAGCUUAUGAAGUUCUUGAACAAAUGAAGUCUCUCCCUCUUUGCCAGCCUGAUGUCUAUACCUAUAGUAUACUGAUUAAGGCUUGUGCCGAUGCUUGUCGUUUCGAACUGGUUGACUCCCUAUAUGAUGAAAUGGCUGAAAGAUUAAUCACCCCAAAUACUGUUACUCAAAAUACAGUACUGAGUGGUUAUGGAAAGGCGGGGAAAUAUGAAGAGAUGGAGAAGAUUCUCUCCAAGAUGCUUGAAAGUACGACAAGCGAACCUGAUGUAUGGACUAUGAAUACGAUUAUCGGUUUGUUUGGCAAUGCGGGUCAGAUUGAAAUGAUGGAGAAAUGGUACGAGAAGUUUCGCAAUUUCGGGAUCGAGCCGGAAACACGCACAUUCAACAUUCUGAUUGGUGCGUAUGGUAAGAAAAGGAUGUACGAUAAGAUGUCAUCUGUGAUGGAGUACAUGCGGAGGCUUUCAUUUCCGUGGACAACAUCGACCUACAACAAUGUGAUUGAGGCAUUUUCUGAUGCCGGUGAUGCAAAGCACAUGGAGUACACAUUUGAUCAGAUGCGUGCUGAAGGCAUUAAGGCGGACACCAAAACAUUGUGCUGCCUCAUACGAGGUUUUGCCAAUGCUGGUCUCUUUCAUAAAGUGAUUGGCAUGGUUCAGUUGGCUGGGAGAUUGGAGAUACCUGAGAAUACCUCAUUCUUUAAUGCAGUCAUAUAUGCUUGCUCAAGAGCAGAUGAUUUAAUGGAGAUGGAAAGAGUGUUCAAGAGAAUGAAAGAUAAGUCAUGUCAGCCAGAUUCCACAACUUACUCGGUUAUGAUGGAUGCGUAUAGAAAGGAAGGUAUGAGUGACAAGGUGUAUGACCUGGAGCAAGAAAUGCAGAGGAUGAAUGGUGGUAAGGUAUCCAAAGGGUACGAUGAUGUAGAAACAGAGGCUAAUGAUGAUGUCAGCAAAGAGGUGUUGGUAAUGGUAUGAGUGUUGGUGGUGUCAAUUAAUUUCUGGGAAAAUUGCUAUGAAAAGUUGAUGGUGAUUGAUUAUAUCAUCCAGAGUGGGUAAAUCAAAUAAAGCCGUGCCGGUCGUAGUGUUAGUGAUCGUGGCAUGAAGGUAGUUACAAAUAUCUAAUAGCU